GGGUCAAAACAUGAGAGGAGGGAUAAUGGUGCUAUCAUCAUGGCGGGAUGCAUGAAAAUGAUAAACGGUUUAAUUUCCACUAGUGCUAAAUUAAUGGUGUUCACGGCUCUGCUCGUCUGUUUACCUCAUAAAUCGCAACAGUUUACGGGUAACACACAGCCAGUAAUUGACCUCCAGAAUGGCGAGAGCUAUGUCAUGACGGGGCCCAACAAAUUCUGUUACAAAAAUUCAAUAGUGCCCACCUGGAAGCAAACGUGGACAAGAAUUCAGGUCAAAGUUUCGAGCGCGAAUGUGUUCAAGGUUUACAUUGUGGAAGAUGAAGAGAAGCUGCAGGAGCUGGACCGCUUCAGUUUCUGGGGCUGGUUUCAGGGUUUGUUACAGGAGCGGCACAAUGAAACCACUAUCAACAUCAACCUGUACAGCAAGAAAACGUGCAUCAAGAUCCAGCCUGCUGAUAAAACUCCAUACACUGUGAAGCCUCUCUGCAAGUGGGACAUCUAUCUGAUUCUGGUUUUCCUGGCAGGAAUGUUCCUUUUUUUCUUUGCAGACUCACUCAGCAGGAGCCAAAUUUUCUUCUACUCUGCCGGAAUGAGUACAGGCAUGAUCGCCUCUCUCAUCAUCCUGUUUUUUAUUUUGGCACGUUUUUUGCCAAAGAAAAGCCCUUUCUACGUGUUGAUUGUUGGUGGCUGGUCAUUUUCUUUGUAUGCCAUCCAGCUUGCCUUCAGGAACCUCAACAUAAUUUUGCAACAACACUGGCACUUGGCUCUAGCAUAUGUAGCAGUGGUUGGAUUCAUCAGUUUUUCUGUGUGUUACCUUUAUGGUCCUCUGGUGGAUGAGAAGCGCAUCAACAUCUUGUCGUGGGUGCUGCAGAUCUUUGGUCUUCUCCUGGUUUAUUUAGGGAAUCAAAUACAGCAACUUGCCUUUGCCAUCAUCAUAGCAGCUUUCAUUUCCAAAAACUUAGAGUACCCAGUUUUUUUGGCAGGUGCUGCAUGGAGGAGAAUGAAAAAAUUAAUUCACUGGAAGCCGGAGCCACGCCGGCUCUUAACUGAAGAGGAGUACCAGAGGCAGGGUGAAGAGGAAACUCGGAAAGCUCUGGAAGACCUGAGGAAGUACUGUAACAGUCCCGAGUUCAGCCCAUGGAAGGCUGUGUCGAGACUACAAUCCCCGAAAAGGUUUGCAGAUUUCGUUGAAGGAUCGCCUCACUUGAUGUCAAAUGAGGUGUCGGUGCACGCGCAGGAGUAUGGCUUUGGAGGAUCUUUUUUUGAGGAUGAAUUUUUCGACACGGAUGACGAGGAGGAGGAGGAGGAGGAGGAGGAGGAGGAGGAUCUUAAACCUAUGAUGAAAGCAAAGUGAGGCCACACAGUUGAGGAAGAUUGUAAGAACAUUUGUGGAUAAAGAGACAUUACUGCAUUUCUGCCUUUCACAAGGUGGGACCAGAGAGCCGCCCUCUCUGGCUCCAAUGUGAACGUCCACACUGACUUCUGAGUGUUUUUGGUGGAGGGCUAGAUUUAAAAAAGAGCCUGGAUUUUCACUUUGGUGACAAGAGCCAGCGCUUGUUCUGCUCAAUGACGUUACAUGGAUUAUCCCACCAGAACGAUGUGGUCAAAUCUGUUACCAGCCAAGAAAUGUUAAAGAGUGUGCAGUACAGCCGGAUGAUUUCUUUUUUAGGGAACAAAGGCUUCUGUUAAAGUUAAAAAACAUGUGAAACAAGCAGCAGGUCAAAGAAAUACUGAACUUUUUACUGUGUGAUGGUAGUUUGUGUUUUCUGUAGCUUUGAAAUGGUCAUUGCUGUUUUAGUUUUCUGAAACACUGUGUUCAUAGCCUUAAGGCUUUAAAUGGCCUCACUAUGAUGAGAGCAUCCAUACAUCCCUGCAGCACAUCAUGUGGAAGUUCUUCUCUGAACGGCAGCAUGAUGUGGUGGGAGGUGUAGGUCUAGCUUUCUGCUCCGGGAGAAGUUUGUUUUUCAGCGUCUUCGUUUUACUUGACAGAGAUCAGUGGAAG